GAAUAAAUGCAAAGAAACAGAAGACACUCUUAUUGCCAAUACCAGUAAUUUCUUGUGUUCCAGGGAGACCAGACUAAAUAUUAAAUAUAGGUAUAGCCUGCAUUAUAAUACUGCUAGAGCUUGACUUGGGAAGCAUCGUUAUAGGUAUCUCAGGCAUAGCUUCGUUUGCAUGUGUAGGUCUGUCUAGCGUCUACUCACUCUGUCAAUCCUCUGUGCACUUUCUGACCUUAGGUGUGAAUAGUUGCUUGCAGCUCAGAAACCCACACACGCAAACGCACUGCCUGGUCGGACGCCUUUAUUAGGCCUGUCUAACGAGGAGUACUAGAGGCCCGCCGCCCCCUCCAGAGGCUCUCACAGAGUCACAAGUCAGAGUUUCAAAAGUGAGACCUUUCAGAAUGGUUUGAAGGUGGGUUCUUGGGGACAAACAAUGGUGUCAUUUCUGUGUCGUUCCGUUGACUGUGAUUUGACAAUGAAUAUGGACAGCUGCUGCAGUUCAACUUCCAUGAGCGCCGAGAGUUCGGGUAGCAGUAGCACGGGCAUCUAUGAUAAUGGAGGCCAUGGAGGAGGCAGGGGAAGGGGCACGAGUGCUAGUACUCGUAUUGGUACUGGUACGACUUUGGUGCCCGUGAAGCCUCCUCACAAGGCUAAUGAUGCGGCGUGGGAGGCCAUCGAAAGCGUGCGACGCAGAGAUGGGGGCGUGGGACUGAAGCAUUUCAAGCUGGUGCGCAGGCUGGGCAGCGGUGACAUUGGGAAUGUGUUUCUGUGCCAAUUGAGGGGAGGUGGGAACUGCUUCUAUGCUAUGAAGGUGGUCAACCGAGAGGCCCUUGCUCUAAGAAACAAGCUGCACAGGGCUCAAAUGGAGACGGACAUCCUUAGCAUGCUUGACCACCCAUUUCUUCCCACUCUCUAUGCCCAUUUUGAUUCCUUCCACUAUUCCUGCACUCUCAUGGACUAUUGCCCCGGUGGGGACUUGCAUUGCCUGCGCCACCGGCGACCCGGGAAACGGUUCUCUUUCAGAUCUACAAGGUUCUAUGCAGCAGAGGUGCUUCUUGCUCUGGAGUACCUGCACAUGAUGGGAGUGAUAUACAGGGAUUUGAAGCCGGAAAACGUGCUGAUUAGAGCAGACGGUCAUAUCAUGCUCUCAGACUUUGACCUCUCCCUAAGAUGUGAUGUAAUCCCAACACUAGAAACCGCCAGUGAAACCAAGAACACACAUCACAUGAGCCGCGUGCACACAUGUCCAUCAGCCCCCUCCUACUGCAACAACACCACCACCACCACCACUGGCAGCAGUGCAACAACUAUCGCCAUAAAACCAUCUGCAAGCAGCUGCAUGCCCCUAGUACAGCUCCGCAGCUGGUUACUAUCAAACAAGAAAGUAAAGAAAAAGAAAAAUACCAAGAAUGGCAAUAAAAACAAGAUCUUGGUUUUGGCGUGCAAGGUGCAGGCAGAACUGGUAGCCGAGCCGUCAGAGGUUCGAUCCCGGUCGUUUGUAGGGACCCACGAAUACCUGGCCCCCGAGGUGACCUCGGGCGAAGGGCAUGGCAGUGCAGUGGAUUGGUGGACUUUUGGAGUCUUUUUGUUCGAGCUGCUCUAUGGAAGAACGCCUUUCAAGGGCGCCAAUAACCGCACCACCAUUCUCAACAUAAUCUCUCAGCCCCUCAAAUUCCCCUGCAAUCCCACUAAGGAAACUCCAGCCUGGGAUGCCGCCAAGGAUCUUAUUUCCAGGCUCCUUGCCAAGGAUCCAAGCUCUCGGUUGGGUUCGAACCGGGGAUCUGCUGACAUCAAAACCCACCCUUUCUUCAAAGGAAUCAACUGGGCUCUGAUACGUUCCACUGCUCCUCCUGAGAUCCCAGGUCUUACCAGGACUCGAACCUGCUAUCAGAAGAAAAAACCCUCCGAAACCCUCCCUUCCUACUUCGACUACUUCUAAACUAAGAAAAAUUCAGUGGAGGUUGGGGAGGUGGGUGGAAUCUCCAUCCAUCCACAUUUUUUUAGUAUUGUAAAUCAGUCUAGUGCAGAUAGGAGCCUUGUUAUUCUUAAUUAUCGCCCAUCUGUAAUAUAUUGAGCUGCUUCUAAUCAUCGUUGAGAUGUAAGUAUUUUAA